UCGACUGCACAGCUUCUCUAAGCGCACACUAGAUAAAUGAAAGCAGAGGAGGAGCAACCGCUCGUGGCAUAAACUUCCCAGUCAGUUGUGGGUGUGAUGACAACGUGAAGAGCAGCCUCGAAGCAUCUUUUGGCAAACAAAAUGUUUCACCUGCGAAUUUGUCUUUUCGUGAAGACUGUGGAGUUUUAACGCUGUGCGUAAAGAGGGAGCAUGUGGAUGCGAUGGAUAUAUUUACUACUGAAGAGGAACGCACAUCAAUAGGACGCGUUUCUUCAGACCUGAGAGGAAAAUCGUUCUUUUGUGUGGGGGAGUGAAGGAAUCCCGCGCAGGUAUGAACAGUACGGCACCAUCCCAGCCACCCACCAUCCCGGUUAUUAUGUUUAUUUUCGGGGUGGUGGGAAAUGUCAUUGCCAUUGUGGUUCUGCGAAUAUCACGAAAGGAACAAAAAGAGACUACUUUUUACACACUUGUCUGCGGCCUGGCCGUGACGGACCUCCUGGGCACCUUGCUGGCCAGUCCUGUCACCAUCGCUACCUACAUGAAGGGCGCGUGGCCCGGAGGUGAGCCACUGUGCCAGUACUCCGGCUUCAUCCUGCUCUUCUUUUUCUUGGUGCAGCUCAGUAUUGUAUUUGCAAUGUCAGUGGAGAGAUAUUUGGCAAUAAACCACGCAUAUUUUUACAACCAACACAUCAACCAAAGACUCGCUGCCUUGACUCUUUUGGCCGUAUACUUGACCAACAUGUUGUUUUGCGCGCUGCCCAGCGCGGGGAUCGGCCAGGUGAAGCUCCAGAAGCCGCCGACCUGGUGCUUCAUAGACUGGCAGAGCAAUGACACAACAGUAAAAACUUUCAAUUUAAUGUACGCAGGCGUGAACUCGGCCAUCGUGCUGGCUACUGUCAUAUUCAACUUGAUGGUGUGCGGAGCUCUGAUCCUGAUGCACCGGCGGUUUGUCCGCCGCACGUCUCUGGGCACAGACCAGCGGCGGGUCUCGGAGCUCCGGCGCAGACGGAAUUUUGGACGAUUAGCUGGAGCGGAGAUCCGAAUGGUGAUAUUGCUUAUAGCUACCUCCAUUGUGGUUCUCAUCUGCUCUAUACCUUUGCUGUUGAGGAUCUUUGUCAAUCAGCUGUCCCAGAAAGAAAACCAGAAAGAACCUUUUGGGCAAGACCUGCUGGCCAUCCGCAUGGCUGCAGUCAACCCCAUCUUAGACCCCUGGAUAUACAUCCUCAUCAGCAAAACGGUGGUUCUCAAGCUAAUGGAGAAAAUCAAGUGUCUGUUCUGCAAAAUGGGUGAUCGAGGACGAACAGGUGGUGGCCAGUUUCGCUGUACCGAAGGCUACCUUUCAUCCUCUAUUAUCUCAAGGGACGCACCAUCAGUUGUGUACCGUGAGCCACAGCAGACAGUAAGCGCCUCACAGACCAUUUUGUACACAAGUGAAGGGAACACAGAGGGGAGGAGGUCUUUUCAAUCUGGGUCACGGGGCAGCUCCACGCUACCUGCAGCACAGACGUUACAAGGCAUCCAAGAGGUGGAGCAGCUCACUCAGAAGGAUUUAGAGGAUCAAACACUAUGUAAGAUGAUGAAUGAGCUUCCACAGUGUAACAAGGACCCGACUCUAAAUGUUACCUUCACUGAUGAGUCUGCAAACAUGCAGGAGAAAUGCAUAUAGCACUGCAUGAUCACUGUAAAAAGACUGUCUCAGGACAGGAGAUAAGCACUAGUGAGAUGACUGCAACAAGACUGAAUUGUCAUCUGUCAGUCUGAUUUCUUGUGAAUGCCAAAUAACAUGACAUUUAACAGAUUUAUUACAUAAUUAAACAUAAUAUCCAUUAUCAACAUAUGACUCCACCACACAUUUCAGUAAAAUCACAAGUUAUCAUUACACACAAAGAAAUAAAGAAAAACUCCUCUGCUGCACUUUUUUUAAAUACGAAACCACUGCCAAGCUUUCAGUGAUGCUCAUUUUGCAGCAUCCUACAACCUGCACAGUGACUGUAAAGAAUGUUAAAAUGUGAACAUGGUGUUAACUUAUAUCAAGUAUGAAAAUGUAUGGCAUUGUCUUCUCUGUGAGAAGGUUUUUCAUAGUUUGGUGCCAUUUUAAAUCACCCCAGCAUGAAUACGCUUGUAGUGUUAUUUUGUAUGUAAGGACAUUUGUAAAGACUUUGCCCAUAUAUGGUUGGGCGAGCAGCUCCAACAUCCAAGCUAGUGUUAUAUCAUUCCCUGGAUUUCAAAAUGAAAAGGCAGCUAUACCGUCAUCCCCCACCCCUAACACGGAUACUAAAUAAUAAAAAAAUUCCAUUAACUUGUUCAUUUAGUACUUUUAGCCCAUUUAGCUCUUAAGAAUCAAUCCAGAUUUUUCUAAUUUUGUCUUAAUGUGCAAUGCCUCCCAUCUAAUUAGACUAUAUGUUAAGACAGAAAAUGAAUAAAAAUGACAUUAAUUGCCCUAAUCAUUUAAAUCUUUUGUUGUUUUAACUUUGUUUUGACUUAAUUCUGCUACAUAAAGAAUCUUAUUAUUCAGUCACUUUCUUGUGAACAAACAAAUGUACAAAACUCAUAAACUGAGAAUAAAAGAUUCAUAUA